AUGGAUCGAACAGCAUUUCGUGUUAACUGGGAUUUGUGUAUUUUAUGUCGAGGGGAAAAUAAAAAUGACAAGCUUGUUUCAUCAGUUAAUUGUACUAGAAGAGAUAGUUGAUCAGGCUAUAAAACAUUAUACACUUACUGUCAGAUCCUGAGGGAAACAGUUAGUUUUGUUUUCCCAGUGUUUGCACAUUUUUUUGAUGAGUGGAGUCACUGUGACUUCUGCUUCACAAACUUUGGAAUAUUUUUUUGGACUCAAGAAUCACAACGAAAAAAGCCAUUUUCAGACUUUCCAGCACAUGGUCCUGGCAUGUAUAUGUUGUGGUUCAAUUUUAUCCUUGGUUUAAUUUUUAUUUUCUUUUGUUUUAAACUCAUUAUCAUACAUUACCAUACCCAAAAACAAAAGAAAAUAAAAAUUAAACCAAAGAUAAAAUUGAACCACAACAUAUACACUAUCAUGAGGGAUACUCGAAGAAGCUGUGGCGGUCCGCUGACCUGGAAAGCUCAGAUCCAUGAUGGUGGUCUGAUGGCGGUCAUCAAGUAAACUUUGAUCCUUAUUAACCCUCUUCCUGUUUUUUCGUGCAGUAUGAUUCUUUAAUUUUGAUGAUUUAAUUAAGGUUUACAAUGUUUACAAUUAACGUCAAUUGUAUUUGUUGUGAAAAGGUAAGGACAAAACUGUGUUUUUACCGAAAAUUUCUGGACUUGAAGUGACUCCCUCCGUAACCUCUGUGGAGUCAUCUGAACAAUUUUGGCGUAAAAUACGUCAAAUUUGGUGUAUUUGCGAACCCUGUUUUCCCGAGAGUCCUGAUGUUUACCCGAGAUGAAGUCAAGGGAAACAUCAGACUCGAGGGCAAACAAAACUAACUGGUUUCCCGAGGGACCUGACAUUAAGUGUUUUGUUAUAUUUCUGGACUUUCACUUCAACAGCAACAAAAGAAUAACCGGAGCGAACCAAUCAGUCCACUCGAUACUUAUAACAACACAAAUUUAAUUCUUAAAACCACUAAAUGAAGGAUUUACAUUUAGUACUUUCCUUAUAUUAUCUGCAACUUUUUCCUCGACUAGCUGCUGUUUCUCCUCUGGGAUUGACUUUAAAAAUUGUUGCUUUUUAGCUUGAGGCUUUGUGUUUGUACUGUUGUGUUCAUUCACGAAAAAGACAACUGGCUGUGAAAGUCUAGGAAUAUAACAAUAGCCAAUAAUCUACCAAAGUUCACCUAUGUUGGCCAAUUGCCUAUUCAAGUGCCCUUGUAUUUAGACGAAGGGAAGGGAAUUAAGGAAAUGCUCAGACCUCAUAAAGCAUCGUGGCACAAAUCAUCUUUUCAUUUGGCACAAAUGCAGCAGUGCAAAGCUGACCAGUGCUCAAAAGAGGAGGCAUACAGAGGUCAAUCUGUACUCUGA